GGCCCUAAAAAGAAAGGAAACAAUGUUUAUUAUGCCAUUUUCUUUUGAAGUGUAGCUAGAAAUCUAGAAUAGCAUUUUGGGAGUGAGCUUAGAUAAAAAAAAAAUGGAGCGUGGAUAUUAUUGCAAUUUCAUGUGUCUUCAUCAACAACAUGUAUGCAAAGGAUGGCAUUGCCCUCUUCGUGUUGCGUUUUUUCUGUUGAUUGAGUAUGAAGUUCAGAACCCUCCUCUUCGUCUUCAUAGUUAUACUUGCAUUUCUAGCACAGUCUUCUGAUCCUGCUGCUCCAUACUGGAAACCUCAACUGCCAUGCCAGCCGCCGCACCAUGACUCCUACGCAUUCUGCAACACUUCGCUCGGCAUACCCGCCAGAGUCCAUUCCCUGCUCUCCUUCCUCACCCUAGAUGAGAAAAUCCAACGCCUCUCCAACAACAACUCCGCCAUCCCUCGGCUGGGGAUCCCCGCCUACGAGUGGUGGUCCGAGUCCCUCCACGGCGUCGCCGCCAAUGGGCCCGGGGUCACCUUUGACGGCGCCGUGAAAUCUGCCACCGUAUUCCCGCAGGUCAUCCUCGCAGCUUCCGCCUUCAAUCGCACUCUGUGGCGGUCGAUUGCCGCCGCCACAGCUGUGGAGGCCCUGGCUAUGUACAAUUCGGGUCAAGCCGGGUUGACUUUCUGGGCUCCGAAUGUGAACGUCUUUGUGGAUCCGAGAUGGGGAAGAGGGCAAGAGACUCCGGGAGAGGAUCCGAUGGUGGUUUCUGAUUAUGCAGUGGAGUAUGUUAGGGGGUUUCAAGGCCUGAGGAAUUCCAAGGGUAAAAAUGGCGAAGAGUAUUCUCAUGGUGGGAAUGGAGAAGGAGAUAAAGGGGAUGGCAGGUUGAUGCUGUCCGCAUGUUGUAAGCAUUUAACUGCUUAUAACUUGGAGAAAUGGCAUGACUUUGCCAGAUAUAACUUCAAUGCUGUGGUGACAAGGCAAGAUAUGGAGGACACGUAUCAGCCACCUUUUCAAAGCUGUAUUCAAAAGGGUAGCGCUAGUUGUUUGAUGUGUGCAUAUAAUUCAGUAAAUGGGAUACCAGCUUGUGCAAAUAAGGUUCUCUUAGAGAAGGCUCGAACAGAUUGGGGUUUCAAAGGAUACAUUGCCUCUGACUGUGAUGCUGUUGCCACCAUAUAUGAAUAUCAGCAUCACGUGAAAACUCCUGAAGAAGCAGUUGCAAUUGCUCUUAAAGCAGGAGUCGAUAUAAAUUGUGGAACAUACAUGUUGAGACAUAUGAAAUCUGCACUGAAGGAUGGGCUUGUGGUAAAAAACGAUCUAGAUAGAGCCAUUUUUAAUCUGUUUUCGGUGCAAUUUCGGCUUGGACUUUUUGACGGAAGUGCUGGGAGAAGGCAGUUUUCAAUGUUUGGUCCCCAAGACGUGUGCAGUUCUGAGCACAGAAGAUUGACACUUGAUGCAGCAAGGCAAGGUAUUGUGCUUCUUAAAAAUGAGCAGAAGUUUUUGCCUUUGGAUAAGACUCGUGUCUCUUCACUUGCUGUUAUUGGUCCCAUGGCAAACACGAGCAGUCUUGGUGGUGAUUACACAGGAGUACCGUGCUCCCUGAAAAGUAUUCUUGAUGGGUUCAGAGAAUAUAUACAAAAUAUGUCUUAUGCUACUGGCUGCUUUGACAUUGUUUGCAACUCCACUGAGGGUUUUGCUCAAGCUGUGUCUGUUGCUAAGCAUGCUGAUUAUGUCAUUGUUGUGGCUGGAUUGGAUUUAUCCCAAGAAACUGAAGAUCGUGACCGGCAUAGUCUUCUAUUGCCUGGAAAUCAAAUGACACUGAUUAACAAGGUAGCCAGUGCCUGUAAAAAACCUCUAGUUUUGGUCCUUACAGGUGGUGGACCCCUUGAUAUCUCAUUCGCUAAGAAUGACCCCAGGAUUUCUGGCGUUCUAUGGAUUGGGUACCCUGGAGAGGAAGGUAGUACAGCAUUGUCAGAAAUUAUUUUUGGAGACCACGACCCAGGUUGGUAUGCUUCCAUAUGAUUUAUUGCCCUUUUAUUUGUGUAUCUGUCGCAGCGGCAUGCUUACUCUUUGUUGUCGUAAAUUCUAAUCCAUCUUCUUCAAUGGAGCCAAAUAUUUACAAUUAUUUGGCUUUGGAUUAAGAUGGAAUAAAGCAAAGUGGUUCUUAAACUAGUUGUGCUUCUUUUCAUAGUGGAGUAAAAGUUAGUCAAUGCAACGUUCAACGUUGAUCCUGGGGCAUCUGGAAACAGGCGCUCUAUGUUUUAAUAUAGGGGUCAAUUGCGUACAUCCGACCCCCCCCCCAGCCCGCAAUGGGUGGGAGCUUUUGAGGCACUGGUGUAAUGUUGUUCUUGUUGUCCCAUGAAAAGAAUCCUUAACCACCAAGGUACAAUUGUUUUUGUUUGGCCUACCUUUUUCUAAUAAAAAAAUAUUUGAUAUCAUAAAAAUGUCUUCAAACAAAAGUUUUUUUUUUUUGCGAGAGAUAUAGAACUCCAUAUAGGACACUUUUCUGGGGACUGGGGGAGUAUUCUUUUCUCUUUUUCUGCAGGGGAUAUGUUUUUUUUCACUUUUUCUUAAGAGGGAUUAUUCAUUUUAGCUUACUUUCUUUAAUCCUUUUUCUAAAUAAAUAGUCAUGUCACUUAUUUUAUAGUUUAUACUCUCGUCCCAAAUUAACUUCAUGUUUGCAUUUUUCAUGGAGUUUAAGAAAGGGUGAAACGGUGUGAUUUAGAGUUAUGCACUGAGAAAACAAUGUGAGCCUUUUAAUGUUUUCCUUAAAACGAAUGUGAUAUUUUGUUUUCUUUUCAGGACGACCCAAAAAGGAUAGUUGGAAGUUUAUUUUUGGGACAGAGUGAGUACUCCCUCCAAGUUUAGGAUAUGGGGUGUUGGCACCCAAAAUUAAAAAGAAAGAUGGAAUUGUGUGGUUGAUAUUGAAGAUGUAAAGAAUGGGUAAAGAUAGGAUGAUUCUGGACCUCUCAAAUAUAAUAACUAUGAAACGAGACAAUGAUACUAAGGACAAAAUGGUAAAAAAGGACAAAGAUAGUA